AUGCCUGACGCCUCCCGGCUCGCCCUUCGUCCUUCCCAAAGCUCCUUCCCCUCGCAGGGCACGCCGCAGGGCGUGCGGCGGGGCACGAAAGCUGCAGAGUACUGGUGCCCACCGCAGGGGCGAAGUCAGGAACCGGAAGGUGUUUCAGGUGGCUUUAACAAGUUCCAGACUGAAUAUUCUGAGCAUUGUGAGACGAACCUUGACAGCUCCUCACCCAGCAACUCUCCACCUGCAUCUGUCCUUGGCCUGGGAGGGCUGCGGAUAAGCUCUGACUGUUCGGAUGGCGAAUCCGACCGGGAACCCAGCAGUGCCACGGAGUCGGACGGCAGCCCAAUUCCCAACAAUCAGCCUGCCUUUCCAGUCCAGAUCCUACCUUACCUAUACCUGGGCUGUGCCAAAGAUUCUACCAACUUGGACGUGCUGGGCAAAUACGGCAUUAAGUACAUCCUGAAUGUGACCCCCAACCUGCCAAACAUGUUUGAGCACGACGGAGAGUUCAAGUACAAGCAGAUCCCCAUCUCGGAUCACUGGAGUCAGAACCUCUCGCAGUUCUUUCCUGAGGCCAUUGCUUUCAUUGAUGAGGCCCGCUCCAAGAAGUGUGGGAUCCUUGUUCACUGCCUCGCUGGCAUCAGCCGGUCUGUAACAGUAACUGUCGCCUACUUGAUGCAAAAACUCAACUUGUCCCUGAAUGACGCCUAUGACUUUGUGAAAAGGAAAAAAUCCAACAUCUCCCCAAACUUUAACUUCAUGGGCCAGCUACUGGACUUUGAGAGGACUCUGGGACUCAACAGCCCGUGUGACAACCGCUCCCCCAGUGAACAGCUGUACUUCACCACCCCCACCAACCACAACCUGUUUCAGCUGAACACGCUGGAGUCCACAUGAAGGGGAUUUAGCUUGGUCGGGAACUCGAGCAUCGAAUCGCUUCUCUUGAGCAUUUCAACUAUUACAAAAAUAUCUGUCUUGCCAGGCAGCUCUGAAAGAACUAGCUUCUCUGAGCAGAGGUGUCUGAUUGCUGCUUUAAGAAGGCUAAUGCCAUUCAUUAGUAUCCUGAUUCUGAUCAAAGCGGAGAGGUAGUCUUUUUACAGGGGGUUAUUUAAUACGGGCGAUGUUACAGCGUUCUGAACGCAGCUGUUACCGGCAAUAACCGCUUUCCUAGGUGCAUUGGGACUGUCAGAGUACGCACACAUGUGAAGAGCUACCAGGGGUUAGCUUGCUGUGGAAAGUGAGGAGAUUUAUGCACUUGGAAACCUUGAACAAAAGGUGUUGGCCCAAGACUGUUUUAAAACCCAAGUUUACCUUUUUUUGAUUUUAAAAAAAGAAAAGAGAAAUCUUACUCGAGCUUUGGGUUCAAACUCUUUUUAAAUAUGUAAGUUCCUGACUGUUUGUACAGACGAGGUUGCAAAACCAGUAUUUUAUUGUUUCUUGUUUGAUCAUUUAUUUUUUUUUAAUCAAAUGUUUAUAUUGACCAAAUGCAUUUUGCACACUUUGUGAAGCCUUGGUAUGUCCUGGCAUAUUACUGGGUACUCCAGAGAGAGAUACAUGCUGCUGCUGUUGUUGUUAGCAUCUGGUAGGAAGCUUUGUUACGUGUGAAGGCCAGUUGGGCUUAAACGCAACCCCUUCACCACGCCUGCACUCACAAUCACAAACUCUGCACUGAUUCAGCCAAGGUGACUAAGCCACAAGCUUUUUUUUAAUGCCACCCCUGCCAAAAACACUGUUUGCUGUUGCCAGAGGUAAAACUCUUGUAGCCUCCAGAGUUGGUAGAAGCAUGUCUGAGCCGAGCACUCAUUCUCUGCUGCCUGUUGACUGACUUAAUGUCAUGCAGCUGGCCUGAAAUCAUUCCAGCUUCCGAAGUAAAGAAAGUAUUUGUGAUGUUGGCGUUUCUCUUGCACACUUGAUUCUUUCCCAUGUGUGUGCAUGUGGGGUGGGGGAUAGAGGGGUGGGGGGAACAUAGUGGGAGCCCGGAGCAGAGCGAGGAUUGUGUAGUGAGGCAGGACUGAAUUGUCAUGCACGGAGCGUGUGAGGGGAGUGAAGAGAUGUGGAAAUAACGACAAGAGCGUUGUAACAGAAUUUUUAUAUACAUAUAUAUAUAUAAAAAUAUAUAUAUUAACUGGCAAAAUCUGAGAUGAUUGGAGCUUUCAACAGAGGUUCUAGUUUUUUUUAUUUUUAUUUUUUUUCUUCUUCCUCUUUCGAAUAACUUUAUGCCGUGCCUUCUAUUCUGAGAAGACUUGUUUAUAUUUCUGGCUAGUGUUUGGCAAACACCUUGUACCAAGCUGGGAGGGGGAGGAAGUGGUAAUAAUUUAUGGGAGGAGGGCAGAACGGAUUUGGAGAUUUCUUUAUUGGCUGCAAUGUAGUCCCUCCUUUCUCCCCCCUCCCUGUCCACUUUAACUCUCAUGUAAUGGAAAAAAAAAAA